AUGGAUAUCCGAGGAGCGACAGAGGGGUCUGCUGCAGCUUCUACGGCUGCAAAUGCCAAUAGGGGGCAGAUAAGACAGGAUUUGGCAUUUAAGAGUGCAGUUAUGGUUGUAAACGAGCGCAGGGAAGAUGUCAUUGGUGUUCUGCAUAGUGUAGAAUUAAGAGCCCUUGUGACUGAUCUGAGAGACGCUUCGAAUGUCGGUGGAAGUGAUGAUGACAACAUACGCGCAGCAUUCUAG